CUCCUAAAAUGUUAGACAACGAUCAAACUCAUCAUCCCACCCAAUCUUUUUGUAGCAGAAUCUAGCGAGACACAGAGAUCGAAAGAGAAAAGAUGAAGUUUCAGAUAGAAGACGUAACAGUAUACUUCCCAUACGAUCACAUAUACCCAGAACAAUACUCCUACAUGGUUGAACUCAAACGAUCCCUCGACGCCAAAGGCCAUUGUCUUCUCGAGAUGCCCACCGGCACUGGUAAAACCAUCGCUCUCCUCUCUCUCAUCACCAGCUACUCUCUCUCUAAACCCUCCAACCCAGUCAAGCUCCUCUACUGCACUCGCACCGUCCACGAGAUGGAGAAAACCCUAGCCGAGCUCCGCUUCCUCCACCGCUACCAGCUCCAACACCUCGGCCCCUCCGCCCGCAUUCUCGCCCUCGGCCUCUCUUCUCGCAAGAACCUCUGCAUUAAUCCCUCCGUUGUCUCUGCUGCCGAGAAUCGGGAUUCUGUUGAUGCUGCUUGCCGCAAACUUACUGCCAGUUGGGUCCGCUCGCUGGCUGUUGAAAACCCUAAUAUUCCCACUUGUUCGUUUUUUGAGGAUUAUGAGAAGGCUGCUUCUAAUGCGGUCUUGCCCCCUGGUGUCUACACCUUGCAGGAUUUGAGGGCGUUUGGGAAGGAGAAAGGGUGGUGUCCGUACUUUUUAGCGCGCCAUAUGGUGCAGUUUGCAAAUGUUGUGGUUUAUAGUUACCAGUACUUGCUUGACCCGAAGGUUGCUGGGAUCAUAUCGAAGGAAAUGCAGAGGGAGUCAGUUGUGGUGUUCGAUGAGGCACAUAAUAUUGACAAUGUGUGUAUUGAAGCACUUAGUGUCAGUGUGAGGAGCCAGACCCUAGAAGGGGCAACAAGGAAUCUCAAUAAGAUGUCUCAUGAGAUUGAAAGGUUUAAGGCCACUGAUGCAGGCAGAUUGCGUGCAGAAUACAACCGGCUUGUUGAAGGUUUGGCACAAAGAGGGAACCUACCUAUCGCAGAUACGUGGCUCUCAAAUCCUGCUUUGCCCGAUGAUAUUCUCAAGGAGGCAGUUCCUGGAAACAUACGCCGGGCAGAGCAUUUCCUAUCUGUUUUACGCAGAUUAGUACAAUAUCUUAAAGGGCGUCUGCAAACUGAGAAUGUUGAAAAGGAGGGACCUGUUACCUUUGUGGCCUCUAUAAAUGCACAAGUUGGGAUCGACCAGAAAGUACUGAGAUUUUGUUAUGACCGCCUGCACUCACUGAUGAUGACACUAGAGAUAACCGACACAGAUGAAUUUUUACAUAUUCAAACAAUUUGUGACUUUGCAACACUCGUGGGGACAUACACUCGGGGGUUCUCAAUUAUAAUUGAACCUUUUGAUGAGAGAAUGCCAAAUAUCCCGGAUCCCGUAUUGCAGCUUAGCUGCCAUGAUGCUUCUCUUGCCAUAAAGCCUGUAUUUGAACGAUUUCAGACAGUUGUCAUUACUUCUGGAACUCUAAGCCCUAUUGAUCUCUACCCUCGCCUUCUUAAUUUCAAUCCGGUUGUUAGCCGAAGUUUUACGAUGUCCUUGACAAGGGAUUGUAUAUGCCCAAUGGUUCUGACCCGUGGAAGUGAUCAGCUUCCUGUUAGCACAAAAUAUGAUAUGAGAACUGACGAAGGUGUAGAAAGAAAUUAUGGGAGGCUUUUGCUGGAGAUGGUGUCUAUUGUUCCAGAUGGGAUAGUGUGUUUUUUUGUCAGUUACUCGUAUAUGGAUGGAAUAGUCAACAGUUGGAAUGAAAAGGGUAUUUUGAAGGAAAUAAUGCAACAUAAGCUUGUCUUUAUUGAGACUCAGGAUGUGGUGGAAACUACACUGGCUCUUGAUAACUAUCGCAAAGCUUGUGAUUGUGGGCGGGGUGCUGUCUUUUUCUCUGUUGCCAGGGGAAAAGUGGCAGAAGGUAUUGAUUUUGAUAGACAUUAUGGCAGACUUGUUAUCAUGUUUGGGGUCCCUUUUCAGUAUACAUUAAGCAGAAUAUUGAUUGCACGUUUGGAGUAUUUAAGGGAGACUUUCCAGAUAAAGGAAGGCGAUUUUCUGACUUUUGACGCUCUGAGACAAGCUGCUCAAUGUGUGGGGCGAGUUAUCCGUUCAAAGGCAGAUUAUGGGAUGAUGAUUUUUGCUGACAAAAGGUACAGCCGUCAUGACAAACGUUCUAAAUUGCCUGGAUGGAUACUGUCACAUUUACGUGAUGCUCACCUAAACUUGAGUACUGAUAUGGCUAUGCAUAUAGCACGAGAGUUUUUACGGAAGAUGGCACAACCAUAUGAUAAGAGUGGCGGUAGUGGUAAGAAAACCCUAUUGUCACAAGAAGACUUGGAGAAGAUGGGCAAUGGCAGUCUUGGGGAGAUGUUGUUUUAAAAGAAUUAUUCAGUCUUUGAGCAAUAUUUAUAUGAUGGUUGGCCGGUGGUUGGCCUUGCAGUUCUCUUGUCAACAAAUAGGUCGUGGUCAGCUAAGCAGCAGAAACUCUUUUUUGUUCUCAGGAAUGCAAGGAGCAGUUUUUUGCUGAAGAGGGAAAAUAUCCGUUUUAAAAACCUUGAAAUUAGCUUACUGUUGUAGCUGAGAGGAAUGAGUUUGAACCUAUAGUCUAUUUUAGCUUUUACAAUUUCAUGGAUUGAUGGAGUUGCAAUUUUGAUUGUCAAACAAUGCACAAUAUAGAUCUCUUUUGUUUUUCUGAGAUUUUGUGAUUAUAGUUGCAUUAAGGUUUUGUAACAGAUGUAAGAUUGGUAGUCAUUUCCUGUUAUCUGUUGAACCUGCUCUGACUAAUCAAUUUCGCUUUUGCCUAAUUAUUAUCUAUGUAAGCAUAACAAGUGAGUUUUUCUGAAAUUUUACACCAAGCUUCUGAUGAA